CUGCAACCCAACGCAGUGUAUUAUGAAUUAUUGCUGACAAAAUGGAAACAACAGAAUACAACAGAAUGAUAGAAUAUGCCCCCCCAGAAUGGUGUAGGAAACUGAAAGUAAUGCCGAAGUUCAGGAUUCAGCUUGCAAUGACACCAACUCCUAUUCACGAAUGGAAAAUCAAAGAUAUCCCCGAAAACUUUCAAUUGUUCGUUAAACGAGAUGAUUUGACCGGGUGUUCACUGAGUGGAAACAAGGUCAGAAAAUUAGAAUUUCUGUUAGCUGAUGCCAAAGCAAAAGGUUGCAAAAGCGUAAUCACGAGGGGAUCUACGCAAUCAAACCAUGCAAGAAGUACUUUAAUUGCUGCCAAACAAGUUGGGAUAGAUUGUCAUUUGAUACUGAGGGAUAUAAAUGAGAACUGUACAACCACAGUACCAAGUGGCAAUUUCCUGCUAAUGGAAUCUUCCAACCCGAAUAUAUAUCUAUUGCCAUGUACGCCUUUCAAUUACGAACAAGCUUUAGCGAAACAAAAUGUACUUAGAAAUCACAUUCGAAAAACCACCGGUAACGAACCUUAUUGCAUACCACCCGGUGGCGAUACCGAGAUAGGAGUGUACGGAUAUAUACAAGCAUGGGAGGAAAUGAUGCAGCAAAAAAUUGAUGGAAAUUUUGAUGAUGUUGUAGUUGCAACCGGAACUUCCGGCACAAUCUGCGGACUUGCAAUCGGAAAUUAUUUGACUGGUAGUAAAUUGAAAUUACAUGGAAUCCUUGUUUCGCACGAAGAGGAGAUGGUACAUAAUUUGAUUAAUGAAAAAUUGAGAAUUUUUGGAUUGGACGCGCGAUCUCAAGAUGUUGUAGAUAUUAUUGAAGGGCAUGCUGGAGGAGGAUACAACGUUUUCACAAAAGAAGAAAUUGCCUACUAUCUGGAAAUCGCCAAAACAACCGGUAUAUAUUGUGACCCUGUAUAUGUUGGGAAAGCAAUUAAAGGUCUCAUGGACGAAUUAAAGAACAAUCCAAAGCGAUUCAAAGGGGAGCGGAUUCUAUUUAUCCACACCGGUAAGCGGAGGCAUAUUUGGAAUGAUGGACACAAACAGUGCACAGUUUAUCGGAGAGCAGGUAAAAUCAAGUCGAAUCAAACAAUGGAGCGAAGCAUUUCCCGAAGACGUUUAAAGAACUUUCACUUCAUAUCUAGUUUUUAGUACCUGAAGCACAGCAAAGUUGAAUAUUACUAAAAUAAUAAAAGUAUAAAA